ACACAUUGGCAUGAAAAAUAGAUUCUACUCUAUUUAUAUCACAUUGAGUAGUUGCAUUGGGUUGUUAGGAUCCAUAUUCCUCAAACAAAGUUCUCUAUUCAAACUCAUCAAAUUAAUCUCUUAUACAUCAAAUUUUGUAUCUUUGAAGAUGCCAAACAUUACAACAUUAAAGAAAUAUCCCAAUGGAGUUGUCCCCAACCAUGUUGAUGUCCCAAAUAAUGUAAUAAAUGGUAACCAUAAACCUUCAUUGGGUCCAAUAACAAGUGACAAUACACUUGGUAACCAUCUUGCAAGACGUUUAGUUGAAAUUGGAAUCAGUGAUGUGUUUGGUGUCCCUGGAGAUUUCAACCUUGCACUUCUUGAUUAUUUGGUAGCUGAACCUAAACUUAAUCUAAUUGGAUGUUGUAAUGAAUUAAAUGCUGGUUAUGCAACUGAUGGGUAUGCUAGAGGUAAAGGUGUUGGAGCAUGUGUUGUUACAUUUAAUGUUGGUGGACUUAGCAUUAUUAAUGCUAUUGCUGGUGCUUAUAGUGAGGAUCUUCCAAUUAUCUGCAUUGUUGGGGCUCCAAAUUCUAAUGACUUUGGUAGUAACAAGAUUCUACAUCACACCAUUGGAUUACUUGAUUAUAGUCAAGAACUUCGUUGCUUUGAACCUGUAACUUGUCACCAGGCUGUAAUAAACCACCUAGAAGAUGCACGUGAAAAGAUUGAUACAGCCAUUGCAAUUAGUCUAAGAGAAAGCAAGCCUGUAUAUAUAAGCAUAGCCUGCAACUUGUCUACCAUCCCUCACCCUUCCUUCAUUCAUCACUCUAUCCCAAUUUAUUUGACUCCCAGAGUAACAAACGAACAGAGUUUGGAAUUUGGUGUGGAGGCAGCAGCAAAGAUAUUAAACAAGGCAAUAAAACCAGUAAUGAUAGGUGGUUCAAUGAUGCGAAAGUCAAAAGCAUGUGACACAUUCAUGGAUAUGGCAGAUGCAUCAGGUUAUGCAAUUGCAAUUUUACCUUCAGCAAAAGGAAUGGUUUCAGAAAAUCAUCCUAAUUUCAUUGGAACAUAUUGGGGUGUAGCUAGCUCUUCCUUCUGUUCAGAAAUUGUUGAAUCUUCAGAUGCUUAUUUACUUGCUGGUCCAUUUUUUAAUGAUGUUACUACUAUGGGAUACACAUUAUUAAUUAAAAAUGAAAAAUCAAUUACUGUUUUUCCAAACAGAGUUGUUAUUGGUAAUGGACCUACUUUUGACUUCAUUUCAAUGAAAGAUUUUUUCAAAGCACUUUCCAAAAGACUCCAACGCAACACCACAUCAAUUCAGAAUUAUCGCAGAAUUUUCGUCCCUGAUGGUUUACCAAUUCAUUCUAAGACAAAGGAUCCAUUAAGGAUUAAUGUUUUAUAUCAUCACAUACAAAAUAUGUUGUCUUGUGACAAUGCUGUGAUUGCAGAAUGUGGUGAUGCUUGGUUUAAUACUCAGAAAUUGAAACUUCCACAAGGAUGCGGGUUUGAAGCUCAACUGCAAUAUGCAUCAUUAGGUUGGUCCAUUGGUGCAACUCUUGGUUAUGCUAAAGCUAAUCCACAUAAGAGAGUCAUUACUUGUAUUGGUGAUGGUGGUUUCCAGAUGACCGGCCAAGAAGUCUCAACAAUGUUGAGAUGUGGAUUAAAUGUGAUAAUCUUUCUAAUCAACAAUGGUGGUUAUACAACAGAGGCAGAAAUUCAUGAGGGGCCUUACAAUGUGAUAAAAAAUUGGAACUAUGCUGGACUUGUUGAAACAAUAGAUAAUGGUGAAGGCAAGUGUUGGACUGCCAAGGUACAUUGUGAAGAGGAGUUAAUAGAAGCAAUAAGUACAACAAUGGAGAAAAAGAAUUGUCUAUGCUUCAUUGAAGUGAUUACUCACAAAGAUGAUACAAGCAAAGAACUUCUUCAGUUGGGAAAUACGAUUUCUGUUCUCGGUAGUCGUCCACCUAUUGAUUAUUAACAUUAUAAAUAUCUGAAUUACUAAGUUUUUUAUAUAAACAAAAAUGUAUAUAUAUGUAUUUAGUCAAAAUUUCGACUAAAUAUAUGUAACUUUUUGUCUAUAUAAAAAUAGAAGGAGUGUUAUUUUUCAAAGUUUAACAUGCAAGUAUGAAUUGUAUGAUGUGAGGGAAAAAAACUAGUCACGGUUUCUUAAUCAAUAGAGACAAAAAAAAAUUAUAGGAAUAUCGUAGAGUUACAUUUGAUUUAUUAGUAGAAAUUUAAUGGUCACAGUUUUAUUUUGUGAUUAAAGUUCUUAUUAAGUAGGAAUAAUAAGAAAAUGUUUCAUGCGUCUAUUUUUUCA